UUUUAAACGCGCGCUCGCUUGUUGGCAGAAUGAAAUUGUACGCUUUACUGGUUAUUGUAGCUGCUGUGGGCUGUGCCCAGGCUCGAUGUAAACCAGGGGAUCUUCCUAAAGCAACUGCCACCUGUUUGCAGAAGACAAAAGCAAUGGAAAUUGAUAUUCUUGAUUUGCUGUUACUCAAAAAUGCUCGUAAUGAUAAUGCCAAAUGUUUUCGAUCGUGUCUUAUGACUGAAUGUGAAUUUAUGGAUGAGAAAGGAAACAUUGUACCAGAAUUAUCUAAAAUCGGAGGCAAUCUUCUAGGUGGUGGAGACCCAGCGAGAAGCUCAGUCAUAGAAGCUGCCAUUAGUUAUUGUUUGACGGAUACAAAAUUCAAAGGAGAUAGUUGUGAUUUUGUUGAAAAUUUAUUUUUGUGUUCUGUCAACAAAUGCAAAGAAUGCAAAAUAACUUUGCCAAAAUUGGCAUAAGUAUAAAUUGUUUUUAUUUUAACUUUUUAUAUCAAUAAACCAUUUAAUGCUAUAUCUA